UAAACACUCGAUUGAGAAUUAGCAUAAAUUCUCAAACAGGAUAUUACAGAGUUUAUCUGGUGUUGACAUAAAUUCUGCUAAACAGUUGUUCUAGUUACCAAUAUCCAUGCUGGAAGCGAAGACAUCAAGAUUGACAAAACUAGCAGCAUGUUUUGCAGUAUUGGGGUUCAUCUUCAUUCUCCAGAUUACUGUGAUACGAGAUGCAACUAUGUGGAAAGUGAAACUAGCUUACAUGCUCUCAAUUUCACAUUGGGAAUGGGAUUUGGAUGGCAGCAACAAUGGUGAAAUCUCAUGUGACACCUCUCACAAAGAGUUUGAUAUUUGCUCUGUGGACACCCCAGCACUUCUGGACCCAUCUUUGUUAACUCUCUCCACAUUGGGCCCCCAUACAUGGGCCCAACCCCACAUCCCUUUCAAAAUCCAUCCAUACCCUCUCAAGAAUGACAAAAAUGCAAUAUCCUACGUUAGAGAACUCACUCUCACCUCAUCUCCACCAAAAUCGUCCUGUGACAUCACACAUCAUACCCCGGCACUUAUAUUCAGUGCGGGCGGGUACAACGGAAACUUUUACCAUGAAAUAAAUGAGAACUUCAUACCCCUCUUCAUCACCAUCAAUUCAUUAUUCCCGGAUCAAAACGUUGUACUUGUGAUCACAGAUGGUAGGAUUUGGUGGUUCCAAAAGUAUGCUGAAUUGUUAUCCGCAUUUAGUCCCUACCAUAAGGUGAUUAACACAAACAACAUCACCACCACACAUUGCUUCCCAUCAGCUACCAUAGGGUUGAUAAAGCAUGGGCCCAUUAUCAUAAACCCAAAAUUGCUACCACACCCUAAGACCCUCCUUGAUUUCCGUGCUUUCCUUCAAAAUGCAUACACCAAGAGCAGCACCAACACCCCAUUAAAUUAUAUGUUACAGAAUAAUAGUAGCAGACUUAAUACAACGGACCAAAAUUCUGACGAGCACCCUAAGCCACGUCUCAUAUUGUUGAGUAGGAGUGGGAAUGCGAGCCGAGUGAUUUUGAACCAAGAUGAAGUUAUCAAGUUAGCUGAGGAGGUAGGGUUCAAUGUGCAUGUGUUGGAGCCAUCAAGAAAGUCUUCAAUGGCCAAUAUCUAUAAUAUGAUUCACACAAGCCAUGUGUUGUUAGGGGUGCAUGGUGCAGGUUUGACAAAUUCUUUGUUCCUUAGACCGGGCUCAGUGUUGGUGCAAGUGGUUCCAAUUGGAACUGAUUGGGCCUCCAAAACUUACUAUGAGAAACCCACUGAGAUUUUGGGAUUGCAAUACAUUGAGUACAAGAUUGAGGCAAAUGAAAGCAGCUUGUCACUAAGUUAUGGAGCUGAUAGCUUAGUGAUCAAGGAUCCAGCAACUUAUCUUAAGGAAAAAGGGGCAAAUAAACGGAUAUACUUGAAGAAACAAAAUUUAGAAAUUAAUAUAUUUAGAUUUAGAAAGUGUUUGGCAAAAGCAUAUGAAAAGGCAAAGAUAUUUAUGAGUAGUAUCAACUAGAUUAAUAGUAAAUUACAUUUUAAUUUGAACAAUAUACAUUAUUUUGCUUUCUUUCCCCUCAAUGUAUCCUUUUCUUUUGUCUAUUUAAUUCUAUAUAAGUAACCAUUGAGGUUGUCUAAA